AUGAAAGCUUUGGUCAUUUCGACAUGUCAACAAGAAAAAUUGAUUCAAAAUGAAACUGAACAACGAGCAUAUCGUUCUUCUCUUGCCAAACAAGCUCUUGCCAGUGGUCAGCCCAUCUCCACUCCAUCACAUUGUUCACAUUCAUCAUCAGAUUUACCAUUAAAUCAUGUUUUACAAGAGAAGAGUGAUCGUCAAGGUAGUGUGAUCAGUGACAUUCAUCAUUUGACCAAUUCUCCAAAUACGUUCGAAACAUCGAUCACAUCCAACUCUUCAUUAUCAUCAGCAUCGAACAGAAUCAACGUGCCAUGCAGCGACUCAUCACAAGGAUGA